GCGGGCGUGCACGCGAGAGGCGGGAUGUGUUAUUUUCCCAUCAUCCCUCUGCGGCAACGCGGCGCCAAGUAUUUCCGGAGUGCUUAGGACUGGGCGGAAGCCGCGUUUGGCAGACUUGUGGUCGUCCUGAGAGAAGGCGUUAGAAGGCGUUGCUGGCUGCAGAGAGAUGGAGGUCCACAGCAAGUCUUGUGCAGGCUCAAGUUCUUCAACUCCCACCCAGAACUGCUCAGGGGUCUCAGUAUCCAAAGAGCUACUGACUGCGGGUAAUGGCCCAGGAGGUAUAUGGGACAAGUUGCUCAUCAACUCCAAGCCUAAUUCCAGAAAAUCCUCUACUCUUGAAACAGUUCGGAUAGAGAGGAGUCCAUUACUAGACCAAGUUCAGAACUUUCUCCCACAGAUGGCCCAGGCAAAUGAAAAGCUCAGAAAAGAAAUGGAAGCCACACCCCCUGGUCAUUUCAAUAUUGAAAAUAUUGACAGGACCCUAGACAAAGUUAUACAAAUGGAUGUGGUCUUAUUUGAGAUGAAUCAAGCAGAUUCAAAAGAAGAAGAUAGUUCAGAAGAGAGCUCCCAAGAAAGUUCGGAUGACAGUUCAGAUUCUCCAAAUGAGGAUGACAGCAUCACCAUGGAUAAUAUUAAACUUCCUAAUUCAGAAGCUGGAAAAGGCAAGAUUGAAGUUUUAGGCAGUCCAGCAACUAAAAGCAAGGAACACUGAAGUAAAUUACUUAAAAAGAAACAGUGACACACACCUGCUAAUUCUGUGAAAAAAAGAAUGUGAUUCUGGGGUUUUGUAUUUCUGAUAUCUGUGAUGCUUUUAUGUGUUUUUUUAAAAAACUGCAAAUAAAUCUUAACAGUUUGAGCAAAGAACAAUUCAUAAAUCAGGCAGCACUCUAAAGAGGUUCAAAGAAUUCUGCCGCAUAGCAGAGGCGUUGUGGUUAUGUAGCUGAACACAGAUGUAAGUAUAGAAGUAUUUUGAUUAGUUACAAAGAGCUGUUGCCUUGGUUGGACUUGGUCUCAUCCAUUGGGAGCCUGGGAUUGGCUGAAGCUCAACUGUUUGUAUUUGGCUGAAACCCAGUUAUUUGUUACAAAAAUACACUUGUUUUUCAGCUGUUACAAAUUUUUUUUGUGAGUCAGGAUAUGCACUGUGAUUAUACUUUUCUAAGUUUUGCACAAUAAGGUGACUCUAAUUAACAAAUAGUUAUUUCAAAAUAACUGAAAGAUUUUGAGUGUUUCGCUACAAAGAAAUGACAAAUGUUUGUAGUGAUAGAUAUGUUAAUUACUCGGAUUUGAUCAUUACACGGUGUUUACAGGUAUCCAAACAAUACAUUGUACCCCAUAAGUUGUGUAUAAUUAUGUAUCAAUAUAAAUAUAAGAAAAAAUAUACUUAAAAAUGAAAUAUGUAAUUCAGUGGUUUUUAAGUUGUUCACAAAAUUAUGUGUGACACACCAAGCAAGGCUAAAGAGGGAAGCAUCAAGUUUUGGUCAUGAGGAAGCGCAAAGCUAGAGCCUAGGCCAGUGGUGUUGAACCUUUUAGAGCUUUCAGUGACACAAGCAGCCUGCGACAGCACACGUACCAUAGAUCCACCAUCAUAGCUUAGGCAAGUCAGGGCAGAGUACAAGUUUUAGAAUAGGCUAGUUUAAGUAAUUGCAGUGGACUUUGGGUUGAGAGGAAGACUGGUUGUCUGGCAUCUAACUCAAAUGGUGGAGGGCAAAGGAAAUAAUUGCAUGGCAAGGUAUAUGAAUCAGUGGGAGUAGUUGCCUUGCUUAUGAGUGGCAUGCUGUCAAGUUUUAUAACUAGGAAUUGGCUACUCCUGGAAAAGGCAGUGUUCCCAUUAGCAAAAUUUUUACAAUACCAAGAUAUAAGAUGAUACAGAUUAUAAAGGAGGAAAUUAUUUUUCUCUCAUCAGAUUCACUUAAUCAUUAAAGUGAGUUACAGUGUGACUUAGAGAAGAAUGUCUCCUUAAAUGUAAGCUUCUCAACUGAAUCAUGAAACUUUUCUAACUGGAAAUGCCUGGACCCUGUCCUUAGGCAUACUAAACCCUAAGGGAGUAUUUCCAACCUGUCUUUUGAAAGUUCCACCUAAUGAUUCUGAUGACUUCUAGAUUUGGAACCACUGUAUUUAAUCCACUCCUGCUGAGUAAAUCCUGUGAGUGAAAUAUGAGAGCUGCCAAGAGCUGAUUAAAAAAUGAUUGAGAUUUAAUGUUUAACCUAAUUGCUUCCUUUGAGAUAAAAAGUUACUGAUAGCUAAGGCAGUAUUCUUGGCCCCUGGUAAAUUCCCUCAUCCUAGAUCCUAUUGUGACUUCUCUCCAGCAGAAGCAUUAGUGUUCAUGGCCUCCCACUGAAAUUACUCAAGAGUCACACUGACUGAGGGACAGUGUCUAGGAACUGUUAUUAGAUCCAUAUUAGGUCCAUCAGAAUAUUGUUGUAUGUCUCUUGCUUUGCCAAAAUACUUAAAUCGGGGAGAUGAAACAGUAUUUCAGAUAUUAAAAGGUGAAGCCAGGUGUGGUACACACCUGUAAUCCCAGAACUCUGGAAGCUAAGGCAGAGGAUUGCUGUGAGUUCAAGGCCAGCCUGAGCUACAUAGCAAGACCUUGGCUCAAAAAAAAAAAAAAAGCAAAUAUUAAAAGGUGGAGAUUGUUCUGUGUUUGGUUAACCUUAAAUUAAUCAGAAAGUUGAUGCAGAAGUGUAUGGAAAAAGUGAUGUUCCAAGUAAAGGCUGUUUUUUUUUUUUUUUUUUCCUAGUCCUCUAGAUAUUUUUGGAUCCAGGAGAAAGGCAGCAGUUGGAUAUAUUAUUGUGAUAGCCUUAUUCACCUGAAAUAAUUCCUUUUUAAAAACUCUUGGCAUUUUCCCACCAAGUUAAUAAAGUUCUGAGGAAAAAGUGAAA